CCAUCCUCCGAUUCUCGCGGCGGGGCGGCGGCGGCAACUUUGGGAGGAGUGGACUUGCCGGCGGCGGCAACUUUGGGAGGAGUGGACUUGCCGGUGGCGAGCGCCGACGACGCCCGCAGCCUACUCGACGGAAUGCCUCCUAGGAAGAAGCUUAAGGGUGUGCCGUCGGUGUGCGCCACCGACCGCAUCGGCACCCUCCCCGACAAUAUGCUCCAUCACCUGCUCUCUUUCCUACCAGCGCAGGCGGCUGUGCGGACGUGCGUGCUCGGCCGCCGUUGGCGCGACCUCUGGAGGUCCGCCACAGGCCUGCGCUUUGGCCUGGACGACGACGACGACGAGAUGCCUGUCCAAGCCCAAGGCCUCCGUAAGUUCGUGGACUAUCUGCUGGUCCUGCGUGAGCGCACGGACCUAGACACUGUUGAGAUCAGAUUUGACACUUUCCUGGACGACGACGUACCUUAUGUGAACCUAUGGGUCCGUUCUGCUGUGAUGUGCAAAGUUCGGGUGCUCACCCUUCAUGUCUGUGGCGACAUUCAAUACCUCAGCCUAGAUGAUGUGCGCCUCGCCUCUCGGCAUCUGAGAACGCUGGACCUUCAGGGUGUAGCUCUACAGAAGACCUUCCUUGAUUUUGCUAGGUGUCCAGCAUUGGAGGAUCUGAAGAUGGUUAAUUGCCUCAUCAACGCCAAUAAGAUAUCAUCUCGUUCCCUGAAGCAUUUGAGCAUCAUCGAUUGUCGCUCUUACUUGGAUUGCAGGAUCUGUGUUUCUACUCCGGGCCUUGUCUCUCUGGAACUAAAUGCGUUUGAUGGUUCAACCCCUUUUCUUGAAAACAUGGCGUUGCUAGAGACUGCAUUUGUCUACCUAGGCAAGGACUGCCACGAUGUCUGUUUGAAUUAUGAAUCUGGUGUUUUCUGUGGAGCUAAUGAUACUACAUGUAAGAAUUGUGUUCCUAUUAGCGACGAUUGCAGCAGCGGUUGUGUGCUUCUAGAUUGUAUCUCAACUGCUAAACACCUCAAGUUGAUAUCUGCAAUUGGAAAGUUUAUCUUCUCAAGAGAUUUGAAGCACUGCCCUGCAUUUAGCAAGUUAAAGACUUUAUCACUCAAUGAGUACUGGUGCGAGGCUCCUGAUUUGCAUCCACUAUCUUGCAUUAUGAAAAACUCACCAGUUCUAGAGAAGCUCACUCUAGAACUUUUUCCCAAGGGACAAAAUCCCAAAUUGGAAAUAAAAGGAAGCUACUGUUGCAUGGAGAAACCGUCUGCAAUAUCAGAGCACCUUAACGUAGUUGAAGUCAAGUGUGAUGUGGUCGACGAGAGAAUUCUCAAAGUUCUGAAGUUCCUGUGUGCAUUUAACAUACGCCGGAUGGUUCUAUGACACGUCGGCCAAAGCAAGCAGUGCCAUCUCCUGGAGGCGACGACGGAGCACAGCAGCAGCAGGCAGGCCUCCAUUUCCCUGGCUCAAGCUCCAGCUGCAGAGACUCUGAAGCCAUGGAGCCAACAAGCCUAACGAUGGGAUUAUUAUAAAAGAUCACGAUUAAUUUCUCCAAGGAGCGAGUACUUGGUGAAGGUGCAUUUGGAAUAGUUUACAGGCCGACGAAGCUGCGAAGACCGCCCUUGCCGAGAUCAAGAGAUGAUUGGAGACGGGGAUGGAGAUGAGGAUAGCUCUGGACAGAGCUGAGCUUUACUUGUGAACUAGUGUUGCACUGCCUUUAUGCGAUCUAUAUGAUCUGUGUGAACUUAAUUUCAUGUUGCUAUGACGGAGCUGAACUUAAUUUCAUGGUGUGAACUAGUGUUGCACUGUCUUUAUGUGAUCUCUAGCUAUGAUCGAUGCUUCUGAACAUAAUUUUUAUGUUUCUAUGAAGAUUGUUAUAUGCAUGUUUAAUUUGCUUACAUAUGAGCCGACUCCAUUAGUCUGUGAUUCAUAUUGUCUUCAAUUUGUAGAAAGUGGGCGCCUCCGAUUCAAAAUCCAACAUGGUCAAGAUACAAUGGCCCGACCUCGCCAAGGGGGCACACGCAGUGUUGGUAAUGUGUGAUCGCACGUAUUACCGUUAUGACUUUUUGUGUGGAUUUUUUAUCUUCCAUCUAUGAACACAACAAAUGAAUGAGGAUGGGCUCGAUGGUAUCCUCGAGUACCCCUACUGUUCUGACAAUGGGGGUAUGUGCAACGAUCCUCGUCUAGAGAACGAUAGGUACUUCUU